UAUGCUUAUAGUUGCAUUGCAAGCUUGCUACCAUAUAGGAACCCUUUUUUUUCCUUCUUCUUUCAUUGAAAGAGAGGAGAGAAAAGGAGAAGCCCUGAACUAAUUAUUAUUUUGCAUUGGUGAAAGAAAAUGAAGACUUCUGAGGAAUGGAAACCUUUUAUGGUAAUGAUAGCAAUUGAUUUUUCUUCCACCAUAGUGAACAUUCUUCUAAAGAAAGUUCUUGAGGAAGGGAUGGACCAUUUGGUGUUUAUCACAUACCGUUUGUCAAUUUCAACCAUUUUCCUAGUCCCUAUCAGCUACUUUUGGGAAAGAAACGGAAGACCAAGGCUCACAUUUAGAAUUUUGUGUUACCUUUUCUUCAGUGCCAUUGUUGGGGCAUCAGUCACACAGUACUUCUUCCUUCUUGGGAUCCAAUACACCUCUGCUACCUUUGCUUGUGCCUUUGUCAAUAUGGUACCUGUGAUCACAUUCAUUAUGGCAUUGCCAUUUGGAUUAGAGACUCUGAACAUCAAAUGUAACAGUGGGAAAGCCAAGAUUCUUGGUACACUGGUGUGUGUAGGAGGGGCAUUGUUGUUGACACUUUAUAAAGGAAAGCCCUUGUUUGAUGUUUCUCACUAUGAGUCUGCAGCAGCAUCAACAGGCAUGAGAUCUGCAAUGAAGCAACGUUCUUCUCCACCUACUAGAAUCAUUGAGAAAUGGACCAUUGGUGUAAUAGCUUUGAUUCUGGGAACACUGUUUUGGUCUUCAUGGUUUAUCUUGCAAUCAACUAUAGGGAAGCUUUAUCCAUGCCGGUAUUCUAGCACAGCCAUCAUGACUUUGUUUGGAGCCAUUCAAUCAGCCAUCCUUGCUUUGUCCACUGGCAGAGACUUGUCCAUGUGGAUCCCCAAUGGCAGGAUACAAAUACUCACUGUUCUCUAUUCUGGCAUGGUUGGGUCAGGGUUGUGCUAUGUGGGGAUGUCAUGGUGUGUUAAAAAGAGGGGUCCUGUGUUUACUGCAGCAUUUAGCCCUCUUGUUCAGAUAAUGUCAGCCAUGAUUGAUAUCCCAGUCUUGCAUGAGCAGCUCCAUCUUGGAAGUGUGUUGGGAUCCAUGCUGGUAAUGGUGGGAUUGUAUAUUCUUCUGUGGGGUAAGAGCAAGGAUAAUCAGAAUGGUGUGACAAAUUUAGUAGAAGAAGGUGGAAACAAGGAACAAGUCCCUCCCCCACAAACAACACAACAUGUUGCUAUAACCUGCGAUACACGCUCCAACUGAAACCACCCUCAUCAAUAUUAGAUACGGUUUAGUGGCAAUGUUGUACAAUUUUCAUCAUGCAUUGUCCAAAGUCAUAAAAAAGAGAUGCUGAUCCAUGUUGAGUUGAAGGACACCAAAUAAUAACAUGUUCAACACAUGCAUGUGUAAUUCAUCUUGUCAACUUUUCAUCGUGGUUUCUUUU